AAUCUGUUAUCGUCAUCACUUCCACUUACACACACACCCCCCCAAAGCCCUAAAUCCUUCGGACCAGCCAAAACCAUGGCGCUUCAUCUCGCCAGACGCCAGCAAAGGUUACCAUCAAACCCAUAUUUGAUUCGGCGUUUCUCAAAUUCGCCAUCGGAUUCACCUCCCAAAGUCGCAAACUCAUCUGUUGAAAAACCCUCUCAGUCACCGUCUUCUCCGUCUCCGUCGGACUCUUCUCCCUUCUUCGACAUCAAGACCACACUGAAACAGAAAUUGCAGAAUCAGCAGGAGCAAGGUAGGAGAACAUUCCCCAGAUCCGAUGCCCAAUCUCAGAAUCGCGGACCGAUUAGUUUCUCCGGUAACCAGUCACGCGUAUCUCAACAGGAUUUGGGGAAGAACCUCGCCAAGUUUCAGCGGAGAUCCACCGUCCCACCUCCGAGGGAUCCAUCACAGUCUCCGCCGCAGGUUUCCUUUGAGGCGCUUUUUAAUAAGCAGAAGGCCGCACCAAACUCAUCGGAUCCUAGAUAUCGGAAAGCCCAUUCUUUCGAUUCGAGCACCUUACUGGAAAAUUUGAAGAAUUUGAGGACGCAGACUAACACUUCGAACAACAUGGGGAAGAGAGGAAGUUUGUUAGGGAACUUCAAGAGCACUGGAGGAGAAGCAUUGCACAUGCCCCCGGAGAGAAGGGAAGGUGAAACAGAGGAGACGAUUACAGAGUUCUUAACGUUUUAUAACGAAGAAGAAUUAGGUGAGAAACUAAGGAUGCUUAGGCCAGAGGGAGAUAAAGAAGAAGGAUGGUUCUCUUUACAGGAGUUGAAUCAGAGGUUGGUUAAGCUAAGGCAAGUGGAAGAGAAAGAGGCCCAAUCUCGGACUAAGAACUUUGCGGCACUCAGAAAUGUUAUAUCAUCUAUUAAGAAUGACUCUGACAAAAAUGAAGUUCUCACCCAGCAGAAUGCUGUCAUUAUGGGUCAUCUGGGUGGUAUCCCUAAAUACAAGCUUCUUCCUCCAAAAGAGGAGCUAGUUGAGACUUAUUUCCACCCAGAUAACAUGUCCUCUGCGGAGAAGAUGAAAAUUGAGCUCACGAAAGUCAGGGAAGAGUUCAAGAUGUCGGAAUCAGAUUGUGGUUCUGCACGUGUGCAAGUGGCACAACUCACUACUAAGAUCAAGCAUUUAUCCUCGUCUCUACACAAAAAGGACAAGCAUUCACGGAAGGGGCUAUUAGGGAUGGUGCAGAAACGGAAGAAACUGUUGAAAUAUCUAAGACGAACUGACUGGAAUUCUUACUGCCUUGUCCUGUCAAAACUCAGCCUUCGUGACAACCCGGAGUACAAGUUAUAAGCUUUAUGCGGUAGAAACCCUGUGAUUUUAUGUCUGCACUCUUUUUGGUUCAGGCAACUCUCUGUUGUGAGUGAGGCUUAGCUGUUCAAACCCCUCUUAGGCAUUUUACUAUGUAGGGAAGAAACUUGUUCUACUUUCUCUUACUCCAUUGUUCCACCUGGAGCUCUUCAAUCAUGCAUUUGUAGCAAAGAAAUGAAGUUGUGGAUCUCUUUCAUUGAUGUUUAGUAAUCCCUUUCACAUUUGAGUUGUGAUAAUAAAGUUAAUUACGAACAA